AAAUCAAACGAUGGACAAGCCUUUGGGAGUUGAGGACUUCGCCGCUAUGGAGGGCCAGCUUCGGGGGUGUGUGGAGGCCGACAAGCACUACUGGCAGGUCAACGACGUGAAAUGUGACGCCAUACACACCGCCAAGACCUAUGAGGAGUUUGCGGAUCGCGUGGCCGCAGCCCACUUGAGGCCUCUAGAAAAGGCCGACUACAAACAGAAGAAACCGAGAGGAUGGAACCAGUUCGCUGCCGGUCCGAAGCAUUAAAUGGAAUAAAAAUGACUUAAAUUAUGUUAAUUAUCUAUCAUAAUAAAU